UUAUUCGCAAGUGUGAAAAUUAGCGAAAAUAGUAGUAGAAAGUGUAUUUUUCUUCCCGUUUCCAUUAGAUAAUCAUUAUCUGAUACUGAUCUCGUUCGAUGGUGAUAGUUUAACGCGUAUAAAUUGCGUUGCGGGAGCAAAAAUCACUUAGCUAGGAAUCAUGAAAAAAAUUGCCCAUGUCUGAAGGAGUUUGCCUUAUUCUCCACCAGCUGUUAUUUUGUUUUUGUUAAAAACCAUUUGAGGAGUAUCCGCUCGCAACAUUUCCUAGCCGUAAAAUGGAUAUCGUCGGACUGGUCAAGCGGUCCUACUCGGAUUACGGAACGAUACUGAAGGAUUCGUGGUACACAAUCAUUGCGGAAGAGUUCGCUUGGUCAUUGAGUUUGCUGUUACUGCUGAUUGCGACGAUAGUAGGACUUUACUGCUGGAGGCGAAUCUAUUUGAAAAAACUCCGUGACAAAGCGGCUCAGUUGCUAUUCCAAAGCCAUGAUCCUUCCCAGUUGCGUUUCCGGAAGCGGGACAAAAUGCUGUUUUAUGGUCGGAGGAUGCUCCGUAAGAUGAAGUCCAUCUCUGGUCAGGCUUACAGUGGCCAGGGUAGAAAGCGGAAGGCAGUUAUGCGUUUCGCCAAGCGGCUUCUCCAUAUACGUCGUGAAAAUGAUCCGAUUCAGCUGCAGGUGGUUGAGCCACCGGCCGAGUACCUGGAAGAAGCAGCAGAAUGGAAUGAUAAAGUCCCUCCCGAUGCACUGUACAUGCUGCAAAGCAUUCGAAUUUUUGGUCACUUUGAGAAGCCGGUCUUUUUGAAGAUUUGCAAACACACCGAAAUCAUCAAUUUGAUCGCCGGCGAGUCGUUGAUAAAGGUUGGCGAUCCGGAUGAUAGUGUAUUUAUCGUGCAAUCGGGACAAGUCAAUGUAUUUCUGAACAAUCCGGAUGGCAGUUCUAUUGCAUUGAAAGUAGUUCGCAAGGGCGAAUCAGUAACAUCGUUGCUGAGCUUCAUCGAUGUGCUAGUUGGUAAUACUAGUCAAUAUAAAACGGUUACAGCAAGAGCGAUAGAAAAUUCUCAAGUGAUCCGUUUGCCAAUGUUUGCCUUCAAGGAAGUGUUCGAUGAAAGCCCAGAUUUGCUUGUCAGAGUCAUACAGGUCAUUAUGAUUCGGUUACAACGCGUUACAAUUACGGCUUUACACAACUAUCUGGGACUGAGCACGGAGUAUAUACAGUGUUCGUCACAGCGUAAGAAAGUGACAGUGCCGAUGAAAAAUAGCCCCGGCCAUCGUCGUGUACCGUCGGAUGUACAAGCACCAUCCCAUUCGCUAGUUGGCCACACAGUAACGGGUGACGCCAGACCGGAUAUGUUGGCAGAUUUGUCCGAUCAUAUCGGCAGUCGACGUGCAUCGGCACUACCAAGUGAACCAAUGGAGGAUACCGUAAUGAAAUCCAUUGCCAUUGAAGGAUUUUUGAAAGAGCUCGGACUGAAGGAUGAAGAUAAACCAUUUGUAGAAGACAAUAUUGUUAUAAAAGAGAUUGCUCCGGGAACCACGUUGACGCAUCAAGGCAGAAACGAUGACGUUUUGUUGAUUUUCGUCAUCAGCGGUGGCUUGACAAUAGCCCAGUAUCCGCAAAUUAAUCUCGGGUGCAACAAAAAGCUGGACAAAUCGGAAAAUCAUACCGUUACAAUUCAUCCCGGUGAUGUGGUUGGUGGUCUGGCGGUGCUCACCGGUGAAAGCAGCUUGUAUACAAUCAAAGCGAAACACUAUUCUCGUGUGGGGUUGCUCUGUAAAGAGGUGAUCUAUAACAUAAUGCGCGAACGUCCGGCUGUCGUCCUAGACAUUGCCGACAGUGUGGUGAAGCGUCUGUCUCCGCUGGUGCGUCAGUGUGACUUUGCAUUGGAUUGGAAUUUCCUCGAAUCCGGUCGUGCUGUUUAUCGUCAGGAUGAAAACAGCGAUUGCACUUAUAUCGUCCUAAACGGUCGACUACGCUCGGUCAUAACUCACUCGAAUGGUAAGAAGGAGAUUGUAGGAGAGUACGGCAAAGGAGACUUAAUCGGCAUCGUUGAGAUGAUCACGGAAACACCCCGCACAACAACUGUGAUGGCGGUGCGUGAUUCUGAACUGGCCAAACUGCCAGAAGGUCUUUUCAAUGCAAUUAAAUUCAAGUAUCCGAUAGUGGUAACCCAGUUGAUUAGUUUACUGAGCCAUAGAAUUCUGGGAUCAAUGCAAGCUAGACCAAUUACGGGAAGCUCUAUAACAGCAGUCCCGUUUGAUACGAGCCAACAGAUUCAACAUCGGUACUCCACUGUGGCCAUCGUCCCUAUCAGCGAAGAUGUUCCCCUCACUGCGUUCACCUAUGAACUUUACCACUCUCUGUGUGCUAUUGGUUCAACGCUGAGGCUUACAUCAGAUGUCGUACGGAAAACUCUCGGUCCUCAGAUUAUGGAUCAAUCUAACGAAUACCGGCUCACUAGUUGGCUUGGCCAGCAGGAAGACCGCCACAACAUUGCACUGUAUCAGUGUGAUUUAACGUUUGGUCCGUGGACGCAGCGCUGCUUGCGACAGGCCGACGUGAUAGUGAUUGUCGGGUUGGGCGAUAGGCCACCUACCAUUGGAAAACUCGAAAAAGAGAUCGAUAGACUUGCGAUACGUACCGCUAAGGAAUUGGUUCUUCUACAUCAUGAAGGCGCUGCACGUCCAACAAACACUACCAGUUGGCUGAAUAUGCGAGCCUGGGUUUCGCGACAUCAUCACAUACAGUGCCCUAAGAGGAUGUUCACGAGAAGAAGUCAAUACCGAAUUAACGACUUGUACAGUAAGGUGUUGAUGUCGGAGCCGAAUAUUCAUUCUGAUUUCUCUCGUCUGGCGAGAUGGUUGACGGGCAAUUCCGUCGGUUUGGUGCUGGGUGGAGGUGGAGCCCGUGGUGCUGCUCAUGUAGGUAUGUUCAAAGCCAUACAGGAGGCCGGCAUUCCUAUUGAUAUGGUUGGCGGUGUAAGUAUCGGUGCGUUUAUGGGGGCACUCUGGUGCUCGGAGAAAAAUGUAACAACCGUCACACAGAAAGCUCGGGAGUGGUGCAAGAAAAUGACUCAAUGGGGCCGACAGCUGAUGGAUUUGACUUAUCCGAUUACGUCCAUGUUCUCCGGGAGAGAUUUUAACCAAACCAUUCGUGGAACGUUCGGCGACGUGUGCAUCGAGGACCUUUGGAUACCAUAUUUUACACUUACCACCGACAUUUCGGCUAGCUGUGCCCGCACUCAUACCCAUGGGACACUGUGGCGUAAUGUACGUGCUAGUAUGUCCGUAGCAGGAAUAUUCCCUCCUAUCUGUGAUUUAAGAGAUGGUCAUCUACUGUUAGAUGGUUGUUACACUAAUAACGUUCCAGCGGACGUUAUGCGUGCCCAAGGUGCUGCUCAUAUAAUUGCUGUUGACGUCGGAUCCCAGGACGAUACGGACUUGACUGAUUACGGCGAUGACCUGUCCGGUUGGUGGCUUUUAUACAAGCGCUGGAAUCCUUUCACGUCACCCGUUAAAGUACCCAAUCUGCCUGAUAUUCAAUCUCGGUUAGCAUACGUUUCUUGUGUGCGACAAUUAGAGGAGGUUAAAAAAAGUGACUACUGUGAAUACAUUCGACCGCCGAUCGACCAAUACAAAACUCUGGCUUUCGGAAGCUUCGAUGAAAUCAAAAACGUAGGAUUCGAACACGGGAAGUCGUUUUUCGAAAACAUGGCCAAGUGUGGACGAUUAUCUCGUUUCAACCAAUGGAGCGUCAGGGAUGUUCCACAAAAAGUGACACAUUCGCUCAAUGAAUACACAUUCAUCGAUUUAGCACAAAUAGUCUGCAAAUUACCAGAAACCUACCCCGAGCGUGGAUAUUCCUCCAGCGAAGACGAUUAUUACGAUGGUUACGCAUCAGAGCCAUCGACGAUUCCGAUGAAGAAAAGUGCUUCGCUGAGAAUUAUGCGAGCCGCUGGAUCACUGUCCCUGUCGGAAAAUGAAAUGGAUUCCGAUGAGUUGGAGAUUCCAGUUGCGUUCAAAAAGCUGCAGGGCACUCCAACACCUGAGAAAAUUGCUAGUUUACCGCUGACGCCUGAAAAAUCUAAACAUAGCGGUUAGGAACAACCACAUUCAUCUCAGUCACUCCCUUACACACAAACAAAACUUAUCAUCACUAUAAUUUGUGAUUUUUUUAUACACCUGUUCCAGAUUGUAUGUUUUUCUAUACCAAAAAUGAAACUAAAUUAGUUAUGCCUAGAAUCGAUGGGUUUAAAAUGUAGGUUUAUCUUUGUAGUUUUAGUAAUGAAUUUAUAAGACAAUGUAAAUAUAUGAUGUUUAUUUUCGAAA